ACUGUGUAGGUGCCCGAACGUGGAGUAACUGAAGGAUAUUCGCAAUGCUGAAGCAAACGCUGCUCGUCCUGGCGCUGUCCGCUCUCAGCGCAGCUGUGCUGGCUGCUGAUUUUAAUCCUUUCAUCGAUAUACCAUUCAAGAGAAUCAAGACUUCGGCGGAACGCAUCGAAUCGCAUGGCUAUCCGGCCGAAACGCACGAGGUGGUAACGGAGGACGGCUAUGUGCUGAACAUGUUCCGCAUACCGUAUUCACCGAAGCUGGCGAAUGGGAACGCACAGCGUCCGGCCGUGCUCAUACAGCACGGUUUGUUCAGCUGCUCCGAUUGUUUCCUGCUCAAUGGGCCGGACAAUGCUUUGGCCUACAACUAUGCGGAUGCGGGCUACGACGUCUGGCUGGGCAACGCCCGGGGCAAUAUUUACUCACGCAACAACACCAGAUUAAGCACGAGUCAUCCAUAUUUCUGGGCAUUCAGCUGGCACGAAAUCGGAGCCUACGAUCUGCCCGCCAUGAUAGAUCACAUCCUGGCGACGACCGGCGAGCGGGCGGUGCACUAUGUGGGCCACUCCCAGGGCUGCACCACCUUCUUUGUGAUGGGCGCCUUUCGGCCCGAAUACAAUGCCAAGAUAAAGACCGCCCACAUGCUGGCUCCGCCCAUCUUCAUGGGCAACACGACCACUCCCAUGGUUGUAUCCCUGGCUGACUAUGUCGGCUCGCCCGGCCUGGGCGCCGAGCUGCUGCAGAACCAGGUCUUCCUGCCCAUGAAUCCGCUCAUUCAACGCAUUCUGGACACAGCCUGCAGCAAUGAUCCCUACUUCCUGAGCUACUGCAAAACCCUGGCCAUGCUGUGGGCCGAUGGCGUGGGCAACCUGAACGUGACUCUACUCCCGCAAGUCGCUGAGACCCAUCCGGCCGGCAUUUCGACCAACCAGGGCAUCCACUUCAUACAGUCGUACGUGUCCAACGAGUUCCGUCGCUACGACUGGGGUCCGACCAAGAACAAGGCUACCUACGGCACGCAGGUGCCGCCCUCCUACGACAUAACCAAGAUCACAUCCCAGGUCCAUCUCUAUGUGGGCCUGGCCGACGAGUCAGCCAACGUCAAGGAUGUCGCGCGCCUGCCCGCUCUGCUGCCCAAUAUGAAGGAGCUCUACGAGAUACCCGACGAGACGUGGGGACACUUGGACUUCAUAUUCGCCAGGCAGGUGAAACAGGUGAUCAACGAUAGGGUGAUUGCCUCGAGCAAGGCCUACGAUCAGCUCCACGCCAAUUGAUCGCACGCAGUUGCCUAAUCUAAUCGCAAACAACUUGUGGACAUGGUCUCUAAAUAAACUUUACGCC